AUGUUAAAACAAAGGAUCAUAAAAGCACCAAGAUGUUUUAUAUCUAAGUGUUCGUUUUCUACUGGGAAUAGUAACUACGAUUUAAAAUUGCAUAGUGCAAGAGAAGAUAUCAAUUCUCUCUUAGAAGUUCACGAUAGGUCAUCCUAUAUCUUAGCACAAUACAUACCAGAGCCAGCUCGGGAUGCAUUUCUCGCUAUACGUGCUUUCAACCUUGAAAUUAAUAAAAUCAGUGAUGGUGGCAAUAAUCCGAAUUCGGUUUCUUCAAAAGCGUCUAAUCAACUAUCAGGUUCCAUGGGUAUAUCAACAUCAGAUAUAAAGUUCAAAUUCUGGAGUGAUUUAUUAUCAAGAGUCUUUACUGAUCCAAUGUCUGAUAAAAACCUUGGUGAACCAAUUGCCAUAUUGAUUAGAGACUCGUUAAGAAAUGACCUUAAUUUGGACUUAUCAUAUUUCCAUCAAUUUUUGCAAACAAGAAAACAUUUCUUACAGACAAAAAGUUUCCAGACAGUAAAUGACAUUUGUUCAUAUGGAGAAGGAACUUAUUCCCAAUUAAACUAUUUAACACAAGGUUUACUUUUGUCCCCAUCUAUUUCUCCCUCUGCAAUUAGUUUGUUGGAGCACUCCACGUCGCUACAAUCAAAGGUUAGCGAUAUAUCUGCGCAUAUUGGGCAAGCUACUGCUAUAGGUUCCAUGAUAUUGGGCUUGAAAUAUUAUGCAUCAACCCGGAACCAAGUGACUUUGCCAAUCGAUCUCAUGACGAAGUUUGAUUUGUCGCAAGAAUCUGUUCUUAGGCUCACUCAAGGACACCUAAAAAAUGAAAAUGAUAUAAGAGAUGUACGUGAGAAGCUAAAGAAUAUUACCUAUGAAACGGCUGUCACGGCAAAUGAUCAUAUAUUAUCGGCCAGAAACAAAUUGGAUAAGUCAAGAGAAGAGAUUUUGUCGAUUGUUAAAUCUCAUCCAAACGAUAAAAUUCUACAAAAACAUCAAAAACGUUGGAGAAAGAGCAUUCCUGACGUUGUAUUUACCCCUUUCAUGGUAGCUAUUCCUACAACCUUGUACUUGCAGAAGUUGGAGAAAUAUGACUUCGAUAUUUUCCAUCCUAAAUUGCAACAACAAGAAUGGAGAUUAGCCUGGACCUCUUUCCGUAAUUAUUACCAAAGAAGAAUCUAA